AUGAACUCCAUAAACUUUGGUGAUAGGAAUUCAGGUUCCCAGGUGGGCAUCAACAAUGGGGUGAUAAAUGUUAGCGGGGAUCAAUCAGAACCCCGCCCAGAGCCUCUGUCGACCGUACCUUUCCCGCAUGAUCUAGACUUCGUCAGCCGGGAUGGAAUUUUUGAUCAAAUCCACGAAAAGUCGUCGAUCUCGGGGUCUACAAUAGUUCUCGUUGGUCUAGGGGGCAUUGGGAAAUCUCGACUCGUCGUCGAAUACUGCCACCGAGUACGGCAGCAAUCGCCCGACACCUGGGUUUUCUGGGUUCAUGCGAGUAAUGCGGCGCGCUGCGAGGAAAGUCUCCGCAAUCUUGCCGAACGUGCUAAGAUUCCCGGGCGUCAGGACCGCAACGCUAGUAUAUUCCAACUCUUUGGGAACUGGUUGCAAGAUGGGAAGAUUGGAGAGUGGAUUCUUGUUCUUGAUAGUGUCGAUGAUGACGAACUUCUCCGCACACCGUUGAAAAUUCGAACAGAGGCUCAAGCAAACACCCAGUACUAUACCUCGACGCGACCACCGCUGAGGUACCUUCUCGAAAGCACGAAUGGCUCUAUAAUUAUCACGAGCCGGAACAAAGCAGUAGCAUCGGAAAUCGCUGGCCAUAAAGGGAAUUUGAUCGACGUGCGACCAAUGGAUGCAGCCGAGGCGCUAGUUCUAAUGCAGAAGAAGCUUGGUGGAUGUAUAGAGAAAGAGGAUUUGGUUCAGCUAGUCGAAGAACUUGAGUUCAUGCCACUCGCGAUUGUUCAGGCGGCUAGCUACAUCACCCACCGUUCACCCCGAUGCUCGGCAUCGCAAUACCUUAAAAAGCUUCGGCAGAGUGAUCAUCAAGCCACGAAACUUCUUCAUCACGAGGGACAACACACCCAUCGAGACUGGGAGGCAAAAAAUUCUAUUUUACUAACUUGGCAAAUAUCAUUCGACCAUAUCCGACGGACCAGGCGGUCUGCGGCUGAUUUAAUGUCUCUCAUGAGCUUUUUCGACUGGCAGGGGAUCUCAGAGAAUCUUUUGGGUGUUUCAGACACGGAAAAACACCGUCUGGAAGACGUCACGAGCAAAUCAAUUGCAUUAAAUUCGGACUGCUCGUCCGAAUGCGAUGCAGAUGACGAUUUUGAGAGCGAUAUUGCGACUCUCAGAGACUAUUCCUUUGUUGAUACUGGCGAAGAUAGCACAAUGUUCACGAUGCAUCGGCUAGUGCAGCUAACAGUGCGCACGUGGCUGAAAACUCAUGGGCAGGAGGAGGAGUGGAAAGAGCGUUUUAUUAGCAAUCUCGUUGGUGAAUUCCCGACCGGUGAAUACGAAAAUUGGGAGAGAUGCCGGUCACUGUUUCCUCAUGUUAGGUCGGCCGUUUUACAUCGGCCGAAAUCCCUAGACUCACUCCGAAAUUGGGCUGCACUGCUCUACAGAGGGGCGUGGUAUGCGCGAGAAUGUGGCAACAUUUCCGAUGCAAGGGAUAUGGCAGCUAUGUCAAGGAAUCAGAGAAUGAAGAUCGGCGGCGCUGAAGAUGAAGACACCCUAAAGAGCACUGCGAUGUUAGCAGAUGCUUACCGACUAGAAGGGCAGUGGGGAGAGGCGGAGCAGCUCCAGGUGCAAGUCAUAUGGAGUCGCACGACGAACCUCGGCGCGGACCAUCCCGACACGCUUUCGAGUGUGGCUGAUCUAGCGGUGACAUACCGGGAGCAGGGUCGGUGGGAGGAUUCUGAACAGCUCCACGUGCAAGUCAUGGAGAGUCGUAAGAAGAAAAUUGGCGCGGACCAUCCUGAUAUGCUUUCGAGCAUAGCAAAUCUAGCGGCGACGUAUCGGAACCAGGGCCGAUGGGGAGAGGCAGAGCAUCUCGAGGUGCAGGUCAUAGAGACUCGCAAGACGAAAAUCGGCGCAGAUCAUCCCGAUACACUUUCGAGUAUGGCCAACCUAGCGGUGACGUACCGUGACCAGGGCCGGUGGGAGGAGGCCGAGCAACUCCAAAUGCAGGUCAUGGAUAUUCGCAUAACGAACCUCGGCGCGGACCAUCCCGACACGCUAAUAAAUAUGGCCAACCUAGCGGCGACAUACUGGGACCAGGGCCGGAGGGAGGAAGCCGAACAUCUCCAAGUGCAGGUUAUAGAGACUCGAAAGAAGAAAAUCGGUGCGGACCAUCCCGACACGCUGACAAGCAUGGCCAACCUAGCGGCGAUAUAUUGGGACCAGGGCCGAUGGGAAGAGGCGGAGCAACUCGAGGUCCAGGUCAUGGAGACUCUUAAGACGAGAAUUGGCGCGGACCAUCCCGACACGCUAACGAGCAUGGCUCAUCUCGCUUUCACCUGGAAAUCUUCAGGUCACGAUGCCGAAGCGAUCGACUUACUACGAGAUUGCUUAACCAAGCAGAAGCAAACCCUCGGCCUAAAUCACCCGACUGUUUUAUCUCAUUCUGAAACAUUGAUGGAAUGGGAAAUGGAAACGAUACAAUGCGCUGAAGGUAUUGGAAACUACAAUGGAACAGGGGCGAAGGAGCUAGAUAUGGAUACUUAG